AUGACGCCGCCUGCAUCAUCGGCGACCGCAGCCCGACACCAAGCCGAUCAAAACAGUACCGCCACUGGCACCGGCGGCGGCGGCAGCAAACAACAGCUUAGCUGCGCAAACUGUCGCCAUCGCAAGAUCAAAUGCGAUAAAAUACAACCCCGGUGCAAGCAGUGCGAGCGCUCCGACCUCGACUGCGUGUUCCCCUCCCGGAAGCGGAACCGCAAGCCGCGUCAGGUGAGGCAGAACGAGCUGCUCAACCGCAUCACCCGUCUGGAGAGUAUCGUCAGCAAAGUCGACUCUGGUAACGUCGAUGGAGUCGUCAAGAAUGGUACCGCUGCCGGCUCGGCGGCAGCCCCAACGGCCUCCCUCGUGGCAGCCGCGGCCGCCUCAUCGACGCUGCAUUCUAUAUCGGCGGCAGGCCAAAGGGGUGGCGGCGACCCAGUCUCCGGCAUGAACGACGCGGAGCCGUCGCCGCCCGGCGCGGGGUGGGACCCUCAGCCCGCCCCGCCAACCAACUACAUGAGCGCCGAGUUCUGGGACAACCUGUGUCAGGAGGUCGAGGGCAUGAGGCAGGCCCUGGACCAACCCUCCGAUAGCGAGGGGUCCGACGAGGAGGAGGGGGGAGGCCAGCAACAACACAGCACGACGAGCCCUGAGUCGUCCGUCGCCAACAAGGGCCAGACACCGCCCGCGUUGUCCGGGCUCAUCUCCAGCUUCGCCACCGGCGGGGACGAGCCGCUGCGGCACCCGCCGAGGGAUCACAUCAUGUACAUGUGCGGCAUCUUCUUUUCGAACGUCGAUCCCGCGUUCAAGGUCAUUCACCGGCCCACCAUCUCGGUCGAGCUCGAGGGCUUCGCGAAUGCUACGAACAAGCACAUUGACGACGCCACGGAGGCUUUAUUCUUUUCCAUGUACUUUGGCGCCAUCACGAGCUUGACGAAUGAGGCUUGUCUGAGGAAUCUGGGGGAGGAGAGGAGUGUGCUUGCGCAGAGGUACCGGGAGGGCGUUGAGAGGGCUCUCCAUAAGGCGGACUAUCUCAACAGCACUGAGAUUAGAACCCUUCAGGCGCUGACCUACUACGUGUGCUUCCUCCGCUCACACAACGCCAGCCGCGCCUCGUGGGCUCUCAUCCCCCUGGUUGUCCGUCUCGCCCAGGCCCUCCACCUCCACCGGGACGGCGUCUCGCCUCCCUUCCCGCCCUUUGAGGCCGAGAUGCGCCGCCGGCUGUGGUGGAUGAUUGUGGUUCUCGACAUUCGCGCCGCCGAGGACCGCGGCACCGACGCCGCCAUCCCGCGACAGUCGUACAGCACACGGUUGCCCUUCAACCUCGACGACGACGACUUUGGCCCCGCGACGACGAACCCGCUCGAGGACAGGACAGGCCCGACGGAGAUGACCUUUUGCCUGUGCACGAGCAUGUCCUCGGGCAUUUUUGGGAACCUGCGGCCACGGCACCCGCAGCUCGCGCUGGAUAACGACGGCACGCCGGAGUCGACGACGUCGGAGGAGGAGAUCAUGGCGCAUGCGCAGCGCCUCGAGGCCCUUUUCGGCACGGCACCGCCUAAAACCCCGGCGGCCGACGGCGACGGCGACGACGGCGACGGGGACCAGGAUACGCGGCACCUGCCCGCCAGCCACGCCGCCGUGACGGUGCGCAUCAUUAUUUUGAAAUUGUGGCUCUCGGCGCAGUACCCCUUUACGCCGCGUGCGUCAACGGCGACGGCAAAGCCGCGCGUGGCGCGGGAGACGAUGCUCCGCACCGCGGUGAACACAAUCGAGCUCGUCGAGUACAGCUCGGCCACGUACCGCGAGCGGUUCGGGUGGUGGAUUGAUAGCUAUGUGCAGUGGCACCCGCUCGCCGUCGCGCUGGCGGAGCUGUGCGUGCAAACGCGCGGGGAGCUGGUGGAGAGGGCGUGGCGGGUGGUGGACCGCAACUUUCACGGGAUGCGGGAGCGGAUCGCGGACACGAGGAGGGGGACGCUGUGGAGGCCACUAAAGAAGCUUUUAAGGCGGGCGAGGGCUGCGAGGGCGGAGGCGAUGAUGGGGGCAUUGAAGUUGGAGGAUCAUGGUCACGGCAGCAGGGCGUCUGCUGGCGCGGCGACGACGACGACGAUAACGACGGAGCGGUGGGAGCCUGCCAGGAGGACGGUGAAGGUGCAGCAGGACGAGGAAGAGGAGGAUGAUGACGGCGAUGAUGAUGAUGACCAGGAGGGGUAUGGGGAUGUUGUUGUCACGGACGUUCAUGAUGCAGCGGAGAGUCAGGGGCUGAAUAUGGAGACGCUGCACCCGGCUUUUAGGCCGGAUCGUCUUGGCCGUGUUUCUUCUUCUGCUGGUGCUGGUGCUGCUGGAGGGCACGGCGGCACCGCGCCUCCCCCGGGUGCACAUUUCGCGACCACCAACAUCGUCGGAUUGGGAGGCUCGCCGAUGAUGGUCGAUCCGGCGGCGGGGGCGUCUAUGUCCACGACAUCAUUGCCGCCGCCGCCGACGUCGACGCCAAUGAACCCGCCGUUCGGGCUGACGCCAGAGGAUAUGGCCAUGUUUGGGAGCACGCCGCUGUUCAGCAACCCGCAGGACCUGAUGGUGCAUUUCGGGAUCCAGAUGGACUCUGGGGAAUUUGGAUGGGAUCCGAGCACGUGGGACGAGUUCGUCGUUGAUGCGAAUAUGGAGAGGUCACCUGGGGAUGACGGGUGA